GCUAUAACUUGAGAUCAGCUUUUACAAUCGGCCCUUUUUAGGGCCACCACAUUUUUUUAACUGUAUGAUAACUCUUUGGUCGUACAACAAAUCGUUCAUAUUAUUGUACUUAAAAUCAAAAAUCAAGAUAUCUUUAAUUAAAUAUUAAUGUAAAAAUUGGUGAAGAAUUGUUGAAGUAGAUAUUGCUUAAAAAGAUAUAGUAUUUUCAAAUUUCUGAAUCAUGUUGAAAGUAUCGAAGCAAAGAAAGUCAAAAAUACAAGCACAGAAGAGCUUGAAACUUAUCGUAGUUAUAUUCCAAACAGUCAGUACAAGUAAAAAUUGCUUAUAUUACACUUACAUUUUCUUGUUUCCCGACAUCUGCAGCUAAUUUUACUAUUGUAGGAAUUUCGGACGAAUUCUCAAUGUGGUAAAAAUAAAAUAAAAAGAUAUUUUAUCCUAGGUAGUUAAAUAAAGUUACAAAAUUUGUUGAAAUCUCACUAUACUUACUAUACUCUCUCUCUGCACUUGGGCUUCUCACUGCUCUCUAGAAUCGCCCUCUCGGAUGACUCGCGACUCUAUCUCUUUACUCUACGAAGUCUCAAUUCUCUCUGCGAUAUGCCUUCUCAAAGCUUCGUUAUUCUCACACGCUCAUGCACACAACUAUUUUUCUCGAAAAAUUUCUCUUUUUCUAUGCAGCUGUCGUAUCAUAUAAAAAACGAUGCAAUCGCGUUGGAACAAACAAUAGCCAAGAGCGCAGAAGAGAUAGAAUCCCCACUGUUCAGUGCCUCGAAGUAUCGAUUUCGAAAAAAUAUUACCUAUUUCGUGUUCUUCAACCAAAUUUUUCAACGAUCCUUAAUUGCUUCCGCUUCUAGUAUUUUUCCGUUCAAAAAUACUUGUAUUUUUCUCAAGAAAACGCAGUCAAAGAAGAGGUAUAUAAAGAAAAAUCAAUUAGUGGAUUUUACACAGUUCGUCAUGAUUUCGAUAAGCGUUAAGUCUUUUCAGUGUUUCCUCUUUGUUGCUUUAGUUGUGAGCCGCAAUGUCCUCUGCGCGUUUGAAAUUAAUCGUUGGAAUACACACUUCGAGUCCAAUUCAAUGUCUUCGUACGAUGACUUGGACGCGUUCAGAAUCGCCGGUGGACAAUACGCGCUACCGAAUCAAUUUCCAUUCAUGGCUGUGGUACACCAAUUGCUGGGCAAUGGAAUAAUCUCGAAAUGCGGCGGAACGAUCAUUUCUACCAGAUGGGUAUUGACAGCGGGCCAUUGCGUAGCAUCUGGCCCUUACAAAUUUCUCGUUGUUUUCGGUACGCGUGACCAGCCUGGCAUAGGCUAUAACUUUUACAAUGGGCCUGGUAUAGCAAUGUUUACGACCCAAGCUGUACUUCAUCCUGAUUACCAAGUCAUUGUAAACGAUAUCGCAUUAUUGUACAUGCCGCAGGACAUUCCUUUCGGACUCAGCAUUCAACCUAUUACGCUCGCUGGUUAUAACUACGUUGGAGAAUCAUUCGCUAACAAAAUGGGCAUAAUCAUCGGGUGGGGAAAAGACGGGCCUUACGGCACUGGAACGAGCAAACUGAAGUAUGCGAUUUUACCGAUUAUUUCGAAUUACGAUUGCUCCAUGUACUGGGCUAUAACGGAGAAACAUAUAUGCACGUCGGCUGCAUACCACCAAGACGCUUGUCAGGGAGACAGCGGUGGUCCUCUGGUCGUAUUGGUAAAUAACAUGCCUGUCCAAGUCGGAAUCGUCAGUUACGGAGACAGAUUUUGCCCCAGCAAUAAACCUGGUGUGUUCACUAGAGUUAGUCCAUUCAUCGAUUGGAUUCAAGAAGUUACCAAUCUUUAAAAGAAACUUGCACUUGCAUUACCAGUUUUAUACGGCCAACAGUGGAUAUAUAUUUCGUGUAUUUUUAUAUAUAAAUAAAUAAAACUGAUUUUACUU